AUGACUGCAUAUAGUUCAGCAAUCAACCUCUUCGAUGUCACGGGUAUUGUCGCAGUGGUAACCGGGGGUGGAAGUGGGCUCGGCCUAUUCAUGACACGGGCAUUGGCGACUAACGGAGCAAAGAAGGUUUACAUUCUUGGAAGAAGGAAACAUGUCCUUGAGCAAGCGGUGGCCGAAAUUGGCCAGGAUAACGUCGUUCCACUGCAAUGCGACGUGACUAAUCAAGAGGCAUUAAAAUCGGCCGUAGCAUUCAUUGAAGAGGAUAUUGGAUAUAUCAAUCUCCUCAUUGCUAACUCCGGCAUUGCUGGCCCAUCAGGAAGCGUGCCUCCUGGAUCAAGCAUUACACACGUGCAAGAGGCACUCUUCGAAAUUUCCAUGCAGGAUUUUACGAACACAUUUCAUGUCAAUUGUACCGCAGUGUUCUACACCACUAUUGCAUUUCUGGGACUGCUAGAUAAAGGAAACAACAAUCAGAGCUACCGCAAUGGCAGGAGUCAGGUUAUCGCGACCAGCAGCAUCGGAAGCUUUAAUCGACGCAUCACUGCGGGGUUUGCAUACGGGGCAAGCAAGGCGGCCACAACUAUGCUGUUGAAGGUCCUAGCGACUUACUUGGUGCCUUAUCGUAUCAGAGCCAACAUUCUUUGUCCUGGACUAUUUCCAACCGACUUGACAACUGAUCUGAUUCAUGGCAAGGAUCCAACUGAAGAGGGGGCGUUCCCUCUAGACCAAAUUCCUGCCGAGCGUGCAGGGACCCCAGAAGAUAUCAUGGGCCCACUAUUGUAUUUGGCAUCGCGCGCAGGGGCAUACUGUAAUGGAAACUGUGUGCUUACAGAUGGAGGCCGUCUAAGUGUCACUCCUGCUACGUAUUAG